CAAUGUUUGAACUUCCUAGUCGCGGCGAAUUCACCUAAAGUCUCUACUAUUUUUAUUUUGAGUUGAUCUUGCAAAUUCCUAGAUCUCGUUCAAGUCUCGUAUCCCUCGUUUUUCUUCCUCCCCAGCCCCAGCUUGUCAUCUCCACCAUUUCGUUCCUCCGGCCCCUUGCUAGGACUCCAGGUGAAAAAGACCUCAUCCUCAUAGCACAUCAUGGCUCAACCUAUCCACAGCUCGAUGACCGACCCGCAUAGCUGGCUGCUACAGGUCACCAUCGGGCAAAACUACGACAGCUCAACCCACGAAGUCGUCACCGUCAACCGCGAUGAACCAUAUCAUGUGUCGACCGACGACCUCGAAGCCGAUGUUUAUGUCCGAAUACGUGACUUCAGAGGACUCCCCGAAGAUUCACCAAAAUCUUCCUCCUACUUCUCUCAUCCCAAUCACAAGAACGAUCGCUAUUCAAUAUCGUUGUCGUUUCGUCCCAAAUGGCCGAUAAACGGAAGCGAUCUUGUCUGGGGUAAUGAUUUCGACCACCCUGUCCGUGAUAUGCUCCCCCCAGGAUUCAGCUACGCUUUUAAAUUUGUUAAAUGGUGGCUCGACCCGGGUUUAGAAGGCAAUCCAUAUGCCGACGAGCCCUGGCUUUAUGGGCCGAUUCUAUCGAGCAUGAACGCAAUCUGGGUGGGGGAUAAAGUGGGUGAAUCAAGAGAAAAGGAUCAGACGGAAACACAGGAUCAGCAUCAUGCGAAUGGGCAUGGAAGUCCUAGCGUUCGGAAUUCGGCCGAUGGAGCGGAAAAUCAACAAAAUUCCGCGAACAGCCUCGACGCAGAUCUAAACAUUGAGGAAACAUUCGAUGGCUUCGUCCCCAUCGAAGGCGCUAGCCAGUCAGGUCGGAGCAUCCGAGAGGACCACAGUAUUCCCUCCGAUCCCUCUGCCCGACGGAAACACUUCCUCGACCCCGAACGUCGUUCCUCAUUUGUCUUCGAACCCGAUCGCGAAUACCGCUGCGAUUUCCACAACGAAUUCCUCGACUUCUCCGACUUCUCCCUCAAGCUGCCGGGAUUCUCGCUGAAUGUCAUCCGACAUCUUGGCAGGCACCUGAAGCGAGACCACACGCUGCGAUACGUGCUGAAGGACAAAGGACGGAACAAAGAGUUGCUCGUUGUGCUUUUCACCUUGAUCCCGGCCGAUGGGAGUGAAUUUGCUGAGUGGGUGGACGAUGUCGAGUCCACGUCAGUAAAAGGUUCGGAUGAGGAUAAAGAUGACAAAGACGAGGACAAAGACGAGGAUAGCGACCUGGUUGACGACGAUAUCCCUCAAAAAUACGCCAUAUUCUCGCAUACAUGGAUACGUGAUGAGGAGGUCACAUCCGAAGACUUUACAAAAGGGAUGGGAAAGCACAAAGAUGGGUAUAAGAAGAUCGAGUUCUGUGGAGAGCAGACCGUUCGCGAUGGCUUGGAGUACUUCUGGGUGGACACCUGCUGCAUCGACAAGUCAAACAACACCGAGCUAUCGAAGGCCAUCAACUCUAUAUUUCGGUGGUAUCGCAAUGCGACACGAUGCUAUGUCUAUCUGUCGGAUGUUUUGGGACCAGUCUCUGGCGCAAACAACUCGGAGUGGGAGAUGGAGGCGGAGAUGCACGAAGCUCUGCGUAAAGUGCGUCAGGAUCAGGAGAACCAUAACCCCCUUGACAAAGCAACGAACCCCUUUAAUAAAAUCUUCCUUGCCUAUGAGACCAUGUGGCGAGUGGUUUUGCACGGUUUUCUGGAGGUCAAGUUUCGCAAUGCCCCGGACCAACCCAUCUGGCUCCAAAGUUUGGAGAGCAUCUGCCAACAGGGUAUGACACCGUCGAGAAAGUGGCAAAAGCUCGGAUUGUGA